CCUGUUCAUGCAGCUCUUCUGACUGAAAACCUGCGGUGGCCAGUAUCAUUCCUCCAAUAAUCCUACUCAAUCGCAGAAGCGCAAUAUCGGCGUCCGUCGGGCAGAGAGGAAGGAAGCGAUAUCGAAAACGAAACAAUUCGGAGGACACCUUACAAUACCUACAAUACAUACAACAGAACGGCCUCUGGACGACCUCUCGUUCAUGUUCGACAGCACCACGCCUGGCUGAUGCGAGCCUAGCCCGCCUAACUACAACUCCCAAUCACCUAUACACCUACCUCUUACCUUUACUUUAAGCCUCCGCGAUAGUUACCUACUGCUGCUGCUGCUGCCACCAUGGCCUUUAAUUUCAACUGGACGCCUCUGAUCGCGUCGGCGAGCUCGCCGGAGUUCUAUUCGCAUGCCAAAGAGCUCCUGACGCUCGCGCUCAAUAAGUCUGCGAAGUCGUCUGUGAUCGUGGACUCAGAUGUCGCGGUCGAGAACCUGCACCUUGGCCAUAGCGCGCCGGAGCUCGAGGUCCUCGAGAUUGGAGACCUCGCUGAGGACAGGUUUCGCGGCGUGUUUCGAAUGACGUACGCCGGCGAUGCGCAGGUCACUGUUAAGGCGAGAGUUCAGAUCAAUCCGCUGUGCACGUAUCUGACCACCUCGCCCGACUUCACGUCGCCGCAUCCGUUGGCGGUGGCCGCCACGCCGCUGUCGAUCCCGGUCCGCCUCACGCUCUCGGAAUUCAAGUUGUCGGGAUUCGUGAUCCUGGUGUUCUCCAAGGAGAAGGGAAUAACCCUGGUGUUUCGCAACGAUCCGCUCGAAUCCAUGAAGGUGCAGUCGUCGUUCGACUCGAUCCCGUUCAUAAAGGACUACCUGCAGCGAGAGAUCGAGCGGCAGGUCCGUGGCGUGUUUCAGGAGGAGCUUCCGCUUGCAGUGUACAAGCUGUCCCUCCGACUGCUGGAGCCAGACGGAAGAGCUCCGGUGAAAGAUGAGAAUACAGUGCUCCCGGCGGUGGAGGAUGGGGAGGAGGAUGUCGAGGAGGAUCUCGAUCUUCUCUUUGCCGGAGAAAGUGCGGAUGCCCCGUCGGUUUCGGAAAAGAACAUGUUGUGUCUGCACACGUUGCGGAAUUCGCAAGCCACGCUGUCGCUGUUCACGCCCUCGAUCAACGGCGUAAUAUACCGCGCCACACCGCCGAGCAGUCUGGACCAGGUAGCACAAACAUCCGCUGGCACACCCAUGGCGGACUCGCCACUCCGACCCGGCCUGCACCAGAGUAGCAGCACAAUGUCACUCGGCACCCCCGGCCGCAGAAAAAAGAAGCACCGCAUCGUGAAUCUACGGAAAGGAAAAGAGUCCACUACUACAACCACCACCACACCCACACCAACUUCGGAGAAGCCAAUACCAUCGUCGACUCCGACGACGCCCGAGUCGGCCACUCCCACCACCACCUCCUCCGCACCGGAGUAUUUCAGCACCCGACCGCGGAAACUAUCUCUCGUCGAGGACCAUUCGCUGCCAUCGCGGCUACCACCACCACAAACCCCGCCGGCAGCACACACACGCCCCGCCAUCGCGUCGUCACAGACGCCGCGAUCCCGGCCUGAUUACAGCAUCCUCGAAGAUCGGCCACGACUGAGUCGCGGACAGAAGUACCCCAGCCCAAUCGUCGAGAAGGCGUUUAUGAUGCGCUUCAUGGCCGAGAUGAAUCGGCAGGCGGAGGAGAGGCAGCGAUAUUAGUUGGGUCCCGUGGAUGGUUUGUUUGCUCGUUGGUCUUGGUCUUGGGCUUGGUCUGUAUUAGCAUCGGUAGUUUAUGUUAUGUACGUAUUUUCAUGUCUAUUUGUAGAUUACGUUUGCCUUGGUUUCUUUGGUGCUUUUUCAAGCUUUGGGCAUGGAUGUCUGUCCAAGAAUUUAGAGGAGGAGGACUCGAGGAGGGGAAGGGACGGGACAUUGGCAAUGAUUGUUCCUGCUGCCGGAACUAUAUUUGGGAUCAUUUGUUCGUCAUCGACUCGUCGUAUUCUGUCGGCAUGAAUCGGCGAAUCGCCUUGUCCAUUCGUUUUUCACGAGCCGCAUCGUGCCAUCGUGCCAUUCAUUGUAUCCUCUAUGAAUACGGCCACGAAGCUCC